AUGAAUGCACAAAUCAGGAAAAAAAAAAACUUCCUUGAGAGGGAAACAAAGCUGAACAAUUUGGCAAAGAUCUUCCACCGGAAACUCGAAACGUUGCUCAUAUACAUAACGGUUCCAAAGAAGAAACAGGAGAAGCUAUUCUUUGAUGAUUUUUUUAAUGUAGAGGAGGUGAGCGCGUACAUAAACACGGUUGUGGAGGAUGAGCACCGUGCCGACGGGGAGGGUAACCAUCUGCCAGACCGCCCCUCCUCAGGGGAGAGCCUGAACCUGAACGCAGACAACGAAAUAAAAAGCAGCAAAGACAUUUUUAUAAAAAACCUGCUGAUCUUCCUGAACAAUCUGAUCGUUCUCUACUUCUCCAAGAGCAACCUAAUCGAUGUCUGUAUAAAUCGAAGGAGCUUCAACAAGUGUGGCUUCUAUGCAUGUGACAAUGUGUUCUUAACCCCCUCCAACAAGGGCAAAUACAAAAUAGACCCCAAAAGUAGGAACAUUUACCUCAGGGAAUACUACGAUUUGUUCUGCUCCGCCAGGUGCAUGAAUUAUAAUCUCCACCUGCUUAAAGAAAUCGCAAAGAAGGAGAAGGAUGCGAGGGGUGGGAAGAAUGGGAAUAUCGCCAAAGGGGGAGAGGAAGGCAGGAAAAAUCUCAAAACCAAGUGCCAGUUAAUAUACAUCAUGUUCUUAACCUUCUUCCCCAUUUUUAAGUUUCACGACAUUAAUGUACUUCUAAACAAUUUAGAGCUCGUCCACAUUCAGAACAACAGGAUAUUUUUGAAGCCCGGGGGGGAGCAGGGACAGGCCCAGGUGGAUGGCAAGGACAAAGGGGACGCAGCUCACAUCGAUGAAAAGAAAGCAGAGAAUGGUGAGGACAAAGUAUGCACCAUUAGAACGCUGAAGAAUGAGGUUAGUCAGAAAACACGUCAGUUGAGGAAGACCCUCUUUCCAGUCAUCGUGGAGAAGCAGGAGGGGUGUGAAGACAGUGAGGAGGAAAUCGCCGAGAAGGAAAUCGCCGACAAGGAAACCACCGACAAAAUCACCGAGGAAUCCACAAAUGGCACCUCUCCCAAUGGGAAGGCCCUCUCUAACCACGUGGUGAGUAACCACCCACAGGGGGAAACAUCCAAUGGGACAGAUGGAAAUAAAGUUAUCAUUCUUCCCCUGAGGGAAUCCCUCAGAGGGUAUGCCGAAGUGAAGACAGAGGAGGAUCCCACCAACGAAGAAGGGGAUAGUUGUCCAAAACGAGAACAGGGGAAAGACAAUAACUGCAAGAACGUCAGAUUUAAUGAAUACAUCCAAACGUAUGAGUACGUGAAAGACGAACGGGUAGAUGUCUAUAGUGUGGCUAGGACCUCCAUGGAGGCGAGCCACGGGGGCAAUGCACAAGGGGGGGAUUCUCCGCCGAGUGGGGGGAGCAUUCUGUCUGACGAUCCCCUAUCGGAUGAGGACGACCAUAGGAGGAAGGUCCACCCCGGUGUGUCUCCAGAAGAGGGCGAAACUAGCAUUGAAGCAGAGUCACUUGAGGAGACGAACGAACUAGCCGUGACGCUUCAUCGCGCUAAUGAUGAGAAGAUGAAAGAAGCGAUGAACGCAGAAGCCGAGGGUGAGAGGAACCCCUCCGAUGGCGAAAUGGACCAAGUGUAUGAACAAGUCAGGGAGUCCAUUUUUACAAACCGUAAACACUUCUUUGAGGACAUCCUGGGGAACACCCUUUUCGAUUCGGACAAGGUUAUCGGGUUUGACUACGAGGCCGGGGAGGAGAAAGAGAAAGAAAAGGAGAAGAAGAAAACAGAAAUCGUGGAGGAGAACGCAGCGGAACAGGUGGAGGAAGCGAAGGAGGUGGAACAGACGGAGGAGAACGCAGCGGAACAGGUGGAGGAAGCGAAGGAGGUGGAACAGACGGAGGAGAACCAACCGGAACAGGUGGAGGAAGCGAAGGAGGUGGAACAGACGGAGGAGAAGCAACCUGAACGGGUGGAGGAAACGAAGCAAGCGGAACAGGAGAAGACUGAGAAAGACCUCCGGACGUGCGCCACGCAGCGGAUGAGCGAAAUUAACCUGAAGCACGACCGGGAGAAGAAGGGGAGGCGGAUCGUUUUGCUGAGCUCGCCCGGCGGAGGGGGGGCGUCAAUGGGGAUUCCCCAGGUCAAUGAAGAUGGGGGUGCACCUGAGGACGAUGAGGCGGAGGCCAUUGGCGGGAUGAGCGGCGUGAUGGGAGGCCAAGAAGAUGAUGCUUCCUCUUACGGUGACGAAGAGACUGCCCCAGGUGCUGAAGAAAAGGAUGACGCUGUCCCGGCUGAUGAUAAAAAGGAGGAUGCUGUACCGGUUGAUGGUAAAAAGGAUGAUACUGGCCCGGAUGAUGCUGCCGCUGCUGAUGGCGAAAACCAAGAUACUUCCUCUUACGCCUCCCCCGGUGGUGGCGAAAACGAAGAUGCCUCCCCUCACGGUGACGAGGACGACGCGAAUCUGCAAAACCUGUUGACGGAGAAGAAGAAAAAAAUCAGCGAGCAGUACGACGAGGUGUUCAAUAAAUUCAUGCCUACGUUCCUGUUCGCAGGGACAGACGGCGAAAGCGGAGGCGAAGAAUGCCCCAUAGAUCCUCUCCAGGAGAAGGACGAAUCAUCAGAUGACGAAGAACAGGUGCAACAAGUGAAGGGACAAAAUAAGUACACUUACAGCACAGAAAAGUGCAGCGCGUACGAAGACAUGUCCCUUUAUGUAGUCCUUUGGGACAUACUCACAGGGAUCAUAUCAAAGUAUACCGUUUACUAUUUCGAAAGAAGUGAAUUCAUCAUCCCUAAGUGUCCAACUGAAGUGGAGAGAGAUAGGAAAAACGAAUUCUUGAGAAAUGUCUCACAGCAUAUGCCCAGAACUAUCCACCCGAUUGCUCCCACCGUCUUCAAUGUCUGCCAAACCUUUUCUUUUGGCAAGCCGCUGUUACCAUUUAAGAAAAUAGUAUACGAGUCCAUUAUCUACGUCAUUGCAACGGCGCUUGGACGCCACAAGGUCGAAUUCAUUCCUUCCGGAGAGAUGGGGAACAUCCGGAAGGCCGAGGAGUUUCUGACUUUGGAAAACGGAAUGGACGGGCAAGAGCUGGACGAGUUGGCGAUGCUUUUUUAUCAACACUUUUACUACUAG